AUGGCUUUGCAGGUUGCCAUCUCAUGGCUGUGCCUGGUCACGCUGUCGCAGGCCAUGGUCGAGAUCCAGGACGCUACAGUUUGGGUCAAAAGUGCCGGAGGGGCCAGCUGUGAGAUCACUUGUCAGGCAAGAGGCGGAUGCAAGGAAGAUGCCUGGCCGGCAACCUUGGAGGAGUUCCAGGAGAUCCUUGACGAGUCGGGCCUGAAGUGUGUCAGCAUCCAACAGGGCGGCGCCAAGUACGACCCAAGUACUGACGGCCGGUACUGCGGCUGGCACGGCGAUCCCGGACAGGGAUCCUGGUCGCGCUGUGCAGCUGCCGGCGACGCGGGAACAUACAGGUUCUGCCCUUGCUAUGGGGACAAGGAAUUAUGA